AUCCCGACGAGAUGCCCCUAGACUGAAUGGCGGUAUGCUUGGUUCCUUUCCUGGGCUGGGGAGAGCGUAAGAAGAGCCAGAGGAUAAGGAACUAUGCCAUAAAAUGAUACCACCGCCUUACCCUGCCUACAACAUCUAACACAGACUCGAUGCAAUAAUGUCUGGGUACUGGAAGAAGUCUUCGAGUAUACGGCGACGGACCGUCGUAUUGUCUCUUGCCUGUUCGGGUUUGUUACUGCUGUUUCUCUUCCAUGAUCAUAUGCUGCAGAGCCAAGAUAAACCAAUUCCCGUACCCGUCACCCCACCGCAGUCCCCUUCCCCAGGCUCACUCCUCCCCGGACAGCAUCAGCAUCAGCGGCAGUACCACGUAUCCCCUCAUCUGCAGCUGUAUUACCACGAGGACGACGCCGACAUCACCUCGGUCGAUCUCUCCAGCCCCCGCGCCCCGUUCAUCGCCUGGCCGCUGCGCCGCGUCUGCGCCGAGACCACCUACGUGCCAGGGCUGACCUUCGUGUGCGACAACAACAGCGGUGGGCCGGGCAACAUCCGCAACUACAUCCUGACGUGCGUGCGGUACGCGAUCGACGCGGGUGCGACGGGGCUCGUGCUGCCGCGCAUCCGCGCCCGCAGCCCCGACGACGCGUCGAACCUGUUCCGCAACCACCGGCCCUUCGGCUACAUGUUCGACGAGCCGCACUUCCGCGCCGCCCUGGCCGCCGCUUGCCCGCGCGUCGCCGUCUUCUCUACCCUCGACGACGUCCCCGGCGCCCGCGACCCCGACCUCGCCGCCGUGCGCGAGGGCCGCCCCGGCGCGCGCGGCGCCGAGCGGCUCGUCGAGCGCGUCACGCCCAAGGACUUUGGCGGCCGCCGCGCCGGCUGCGACGCGCGCGACCCCAACCGGCACACUGACCGGUUCGGGCCCGCGUUCCGCGCGUGGCUGCGCGAGACCGCGGCCGAGCGCGGAUGGACAGACACGCCGCCGUCGGGAGUGAAGGGGAAAGAGCUCGGCAUCCCGCGCAUCAUCCGGUUCUCGUGGGGCGUGCUGUGGGACUGGCCGACGCACCGCGACGGGCCCGAGCUCGCGGCCACGUUCGGCGGGCUGCUGCGGUUCCGGGCCGACGUGCUCGACAUCGCGGACGCGGUGGCGGAGGCGAUGCGCGGCACGGCGCGGCGCCUCGCCGUUCCCGAAGAUCCCGAUAGAGCAGCAGCGUCGGUCGCGAGGGGCCGCUUCCUCGGCGUACACCUGCGCUCGGAGGCGGACGCGCUCGCGCGCUGGCCCAGCUACGCGAACCAGACGCAGGCGUACCUGGGCGAGGCGGCGCGGCGCGGGUUCCGGGGCGGCGCGGCGUACCUGGCGUCGGGGGACGCGGGCGAGGCGGCGCGGUUCGCGCGGGAGGCCGGGGCGGCGCUGGGGCUCGCGGUGCGGACCAAGUUUGACCUGCUCGACGCGGCGGAGGAAGAGGGAGGAGGAGGAGCGGGCGUCCUGGCGCGGCAGCUGCGCGCGCUGAGCUGGGACCAGCAGGCGCUCGUCGACUUCGCGGUGCUGCUGCAGUGUGACUACUUCGUCGGCGUCAGCCCGAGCAGCUUCAGCGUUAACGUGGCGCUGCGGCGGCACCUGCGCGACGAGGGCCUGCUCGCGCGGCCGUGGCGUGUCGGCGGGCCUGGCGACGGCCGCAGCUGGCUCGUCGGCCGCUGGGACCGGUACUGGGACGACUGGCUGUUCAUGUUCGACGGCAUGUGGCCGUGACUGGGGGAGGAGGAUCUGCACGUUGGCCUUGCGGUGUUCGUUCGUUUUAUGGGCGCGAUUCUCGGGCGGGUACGGAUAUUUAAGGUCCAGAUUGUAUCUAAUUCCUGCCACGCUGAAUGCUAGCUAUCUCGAGGCGGUAGGCCGUCGCGCGGCAAAUCAUCUCGGGUCUCGUGCGAAUUUGGCUCUUAUUAUGAUUACAGCAUUAGCACAUUACGGACUCGCCGAGCCCUGUAUCUAAGUCUACGGUUGUCCCUCGUGUCGUCGCUCCUCGUCUCAAAUGC